AUGGCCAUCGACAAACCAUCCUCGCCGUCCGCCGCUCUGGCAUUUAGGCGGUUCCGCCCGCAGUCGCACUUCAUCGCGCCUCACUCCUGGGCCAACGACCCUUGCGGCGCUGUCUUCGUCCCCGAGACGCGCGAGUACAUCUUCUGCUACCAAUGGAACCCGGGCACCUCGCAGGGCGGCAACUGCGCCUGGGGCGCCGCCCGCAGCCGCGACCUCGUCACCUGGGAGGACACCGCUCCCGCUCUGUGGAACGGCCCGGCCGGCUCGUACGACCCGCUGGGCGUCUUCUCCGGCAGCAUCGUGUCGCGCCUCGAGGGCGGUGAGCGCGUGCUCUACUUGUUUUACACGAGCGUGUCGCACAUGCCCAUUCACUGGUCCAAGCCGUAUAAGCCCGGGUGCGAGACGCAGAGCGUGGCCGUGUCGCGCGACCUCGGCAGGACGUGGCAGCGCCAUGAGCGCAACCCCUUGAUCAGCCUGCCGCCCAAGAUGGAGGCAACGACAGGCUGGCGCGACCCUUUUGUUUCGCAAUGGCGGUCGCUCUCUAAGCUGCGCGGCGUGAGCGCCGACACGAUGUACAUGAUGAUCGCCUCGGGCGUGCAAGGCCACGGGUCGCAGCUUCACCUCUACACAACAGACUACCUGCUCGGGUGGACAUACCUCGGCGUCCUGCUCGACGUGAAGCAGGGCGAGCGGGUACAGCCAGACAGCGAUCUCGCGUUUGGCAUGAAUUUUGAGUGUGGGACAUUCGCGACGGUCGGCGGCAAUGACUACAUCAUCCUCGGUGUUGAAGAGGACACCACCAGCACGCGACACAACUGCCAUUACGAGGCCUGGCUGGGCGGAAAGCUCACCCUCGCGGAGGACGACACGCCGAAAUUCGUGAUUGGGAGCCAUGGCCUCCUCGACCACGGCGUGCUCUACGCCGCGCACAUUUUCCGCGGCGAAGGCGACCGCCUGCUGCAGCUUGGCUGGGCGGACGAGACGGCUACGCCGGCAGUCGUCAAGAACCAGGGCUGGGCGGGCUGCAUGAGCCAUCCGCGCGAACUCUUUGAGAUUGCGCGGCCUGUCGUCGACGCCAAGUACAGGUCAGCAGAGUGGAAGGUCGAUAAGGAGCGCGGAGUCAUGACCACACUUGGAAUCCGACCAGCCGAGGAGGUCGCAUCGCUGCGACGCAAACAAUUCGGCUUCUCGAUCCGUGACCUGGAACGCCUCCAGUCAGCGAACUACGAGGUCGAGGCCACAUUCUCCAACGUCACCGGCUCUGACGAGUUCACUCUCAACGUGCGGAUGUCACCGGACGAGGAGGAAGUCACCAGGAUCAUCGUGAACCUGCGCGACGGCCACAUCACAGUGGACCGGUCGCGGUCGUCCCUGGCAGGCCUGGGCGCCAGCACGCCCGACUCGGGGCGGUUCGCGCUGUUACCGGGCGAGGACGAAAUGCGGCUGCGAGUCUUUGUGGACGGCUCGGUCAUCGAGGUGUACGCCAACGACCGGUUCGCGCUCACGUCGAGGGUGUAUCCAAGCCUGGACGGGUCGCUUGGGGCGUCAUGCUUGCUCAGCGAGGGGUACGAGGAGAGCGACGUGAAGGUCGCGAUCUGGGGGGGCUUGAAGGGUGCGUGGCCGCAAAGGGAAGCUGGGCAGCACAAGUUUGAGGACUUGCACCCGCUUCGAAGAGCAGUAGCAUAG